AUGGUCGAGAGGUUCUUGGAACAACAACCUGCAAUAUGUGCCACCUUGCUGUCUCCAGAGGUGAGAAAAGGACAGUCAGACCUCUGCACUCUUAACGAAACAGAUGUGUCAAAUGCAGAGGACGCUAACAUGACAGGCACCAUUGGAGACUCACCGAUGAUCCACGCGAUCAAGAAUGCCAUCACAACAGAUCUCCUGAAGAGGUACAACGGUGAGGCAGAAAAGAAGAUCCUUCAUACAGCCUCUGCCCUGGAUCCCCGUUUUAAGGGACUGCCUUUUCUAACAGUGGAGGAGAUAUUGGAGAUCUACAGAGGAGUGACUGAGGAGGCUGCAUCCUUGGAGAAUGAGAGGACACUCAGGAGGACAGAAGUGAUUGACGGCCCUUCUGCUCCCAAAAGAAAGGCCUCAUCAUCAUCACUUCUCGUGAGUUUGCUGGGACGGUCUUUCACUGACACUGAAGGUACAGCAGAACCCAAGACCCCCUAUGCCAUUGCUGAGGAGGAAAUAGAGAGAUACUGUAAAGCAUCAUCUCUCCCUCUGACUGAGGACCCUUUGAACUGGUGGCGUGUCCAUGAGAUCACAUUUCCCCUCCUCUCACGGGUGUCAAAGCGAUACUUGUGUAUCCCAGGCACAAGUGUGUCUGCAGAGCGAGUUUUCUCCACUGCAGGAGAUGUGGUCACUGCAAAAAGUAGCACUCUCAAACCAGAACAUGUGGAUCAACUAGUGUUCUUGCAGAAGAACCUACACAUUCCCAAAUGCUGA